UAAACUAUAAAAUAUCUACAUAGAAAAAUAUGUUUUAUAAUAUUGAAAUAGGGGAAGGAUUUUUAAAGCACAUCAAGAGCAGAAAUCAUGAUUGGAAAAGGAGAAGAAAUAAGAAAACAAACAUGUACUUAAAAAAAUAAAUAAACAUAGGGAGAAGAAACUAGAAAACAAGGAGACUAGUAAUGAAACUGAGAUUGUCUUUUCACAGAACAACCCAUUCUUAUUAAUUGUGGUAUCUAUAUAUUUGGAGUAAAUUACUAAAAGUCCUUAUAUUGUCUCUCCAUUUUUGUAAAAAUUAAACUUUUUAUUUUGAGAUAAUUAAAAUUCACAUGCAGUUGUAAAAAGUGGCUAGGACAUAGUAAGAUUUUGGUAAAUAUUACUGAAUGAAUGAGUUAUAAAAGGGGAAAAUUAUUUCAUUAACUGUUUUAACUGAAUAACACCUUCCUGGUCUCUCUCCAUGCCUCCAUGUCUAGUUUAGGAGAUUUAAACCUAAAGAGUAUUUUAACCUCAUAGGACCUUGAAAAACGUUUUUUUUCAGGGUAAACCAAGUAACCUGUUCAUGUCAGUUAUACCUUGAUUCUUUCCUAGAACCCAAACUUGCUACAAAAGCAGUGGAUGUUCACCUUUUCUCCUAAGUCAGCAAAGCUUCCGUGAAAACGUGCUGUUUCUAAUGUGUCUUUGUGAAUCCAAUCACAUGCCUUAUUGCUGGUGCCACAUCUGCGUCUACCUAAUUUUUACUGCUUCUCUUAUCUGAGCCAUUUCCUGAGGAUUUAUUUGGCUGAUUUCUGUUUUCUUUACUUGUAGUUUCAGUCUUGCAAUGGAAGGCACAGAUAACGUAUAAUGAGGAUGUACUUUAUUUUUUUUGUUGUUGAUGAUUAUUCCAGUGAAAGGGUCAAAGAACAAUGUUUUAAAAUGGAAAGACAAUUCAAUCCAUUAUUAUUUCUUGAUGCCUUCUGUAUGCAAAGACUAAGAUUCUAUAGAAAAAGUCUUCACUUUCAAGGGGUGUACCUUAGGAGAAGGACAUAAGAUACAACUGUCACAAAACUCAGUUUAGCACAGUGCCAAAUGAGUGGUAUAAGCCUUAGUGUUACAGGGAUUUAGGAAAAGGAAAGGUCACUGUGACUUGGGAUGGUUAGGGAAAAAGUCCUGGGGGAAUUGAGACUUGUUAAAGACCAUAAAGAAUGUAUGGUUAAAGACCAUAAAGAAUGUAUGGUGUUUAGUAAAAUGAAGCAUUUCUGAUGGAUAGAAAAAUUGUGGGGUGGGAAUGCAUUGUGCAAAUAUGGAAGCCAAUACGUAUACUAAAUUACAGGCAUGGCAGUUUUGUGUAGAAGAGCAGUAGAAGAGGAAAGGAAGGAAAUUGGGUCAAGUUGCCUUUAGUGAUUUUUUUUUUCCUGAAAACUGAUAUUCCUUGGAUACAUCCUAUCUCAUCAAGCGUAGACCAUAAAUAUCGGGGCUGGAAAGUCCUUCGCAGCUUGUGACACUAGCUUGUGUCUUUAUACAUUACAUAGGCAGUCCCUGGGUUAUAACGUCUGACUUACGUACAACUCAUAGUUACAAACCAACCCCUGUAAAGCCUGUUAUAUUAAAAAUUUGAGGUACAUACAAUGAUUUGUAAUAACAAAUGGGUGCUACUUUGUGAUGGACAUCAAAACAUUAUUAUUAUUGUUUUAUUAUGUUAAAGAUGUUUUAAUGUAUCUGGAAGUGUUCCUUUAAUGUUUUUUACGCAUAGAAAGGUACACUAUAGACUAUAUACUAAGACAAACUUCUGACAAAUCGACAUUCGAUAUGAACUGUACCAAGCUGUUUUGACUUACAUACAAAUUGGACUUAAAGACAAACUUAAGAAUGGAACUUAUUCAUAACUUGCAGACUGCCUGUAUCUGUGGGUGCUAUUGACUGUAGUGUUUUCCGUGUAUUUCAGCUAUUAGUCUCUAACCAUGGGAGACUGGAACUUAUUGGGUGGCAUCCUAGAGGAGGUUCACUCCCACUCAACCAUUGUGGGGAAAAUCUGGCUGACCAUCCUCUUCAUCUUUCGAAUGCUGGUACUUGGAGUGGCUGCUGAGGGUGUCUGGGAUGAUGAACAGUCAGCAUUUGCCUGCAACACCCAGCAGCCAGGAUGCAACAAUAUCUGUUAUGAUGAUGCUUUCCCUAUCUCUUUGAUCAGAUUUUGGGUUUUACAGAUCAUCUUUGUGUCUUCACCCUCUCUGGUGUAUAUGGGCCAUGCACUUUAUAGACUCAGGGCCCUUGAGAAAGAAAGAUGGAGAAAAAAGUCAUACCUUAGAACCCAGAUGGAGAAUCCAGAGGUUGACUUGGAAGAGCAGCAAAGGAUACAUAGGGAACUGAGGAUGCUAGAGGAACAGAAGAGGAUCUAUAAAGUCCCUCUGAAAGGAUGUCUGCUGCGUACUUAUAUCUUACACAUCUUGACCAGGUCUAUGCUGGAAAUAGGAUUCAUGAUAGGCCAGUAUAUUCUCUAUGGGUUUCAAAUGCACCCCCUUUACAAAUGCACUCAAUCUCCUUGCCCCAAUACAGUGGAUUGCUUUGUAUCCAGGCCCACAGAGAAGACCAUUUUCAUGAUCUUUAUGCACAGUAUUGCAGCCAUCUCCUUGUUCCUUAAUGUACUCGAAAUAUUUCAUCUGGGUAUCAGGAAAAUCGGGAGGGCACUUUAUGAGAAACCCAACAGUGAGGUCACUGAGGAUGAAAGGGGCCCUCCAUUCCAUUUGAAGAAAUGUUCAGUGGCCCAGCAGAGUAUGAUUUGCUCUUCCUUGCCUGAUAGACCAUCUCUACUACAAGCCAACAAUCGACAAAAAAUCAUCCGAGUUAAUAUGCCAAAGUCUGAAACCAUCUGGCAAAUUCCACAAGCCAAACGACUUGAGGUAGUCCCUUGCUAUGACAAAAAAGACUGGGCUCAGAAAGACCAGCACAGUGGACAGCUCCUUGUCCACAGCCCAUGCACCUGGAACAGCAGUGUCAGAAUGCAGGACCACGGACAGCAACCAGAUCAUCCUUCCUCCUUUGGCUUCCAGAAUACCGUCUCCCAGUCCUGGCUGGAGAGAACGACGGCCCCUGAACACUGUCCCUCUUAUGUACCAGGAACCUGGGAGCUGCCCCAGGACCUGAAACCCCCAGGCGAGCCUCUCACAGAUCUGCACAGUCACUGCAAGGACAGUGAUGGCAGCGUGAGAGAGAGUGGGGUCUGGAUAGACAGAUCUCGCCCAGGCAGUCGCAAAGCCAGCUUUCUGUCCAGACUGCUGUCUGAAAAGGGACAGCCACACAGUGACUCUGGAAGCUCCAGUUCUCGGAAUAGCUCUUGCUUGGACAUUCCACAUCGGGAAAACAGCCCCUCCCCCCUGCCUUCAGCCACUGGGCACAGAACAUCAAUGGUAAGUAAAACAGACAGCCCUACUGAUCACAGAAUGGUCACCACAAGGGGUGUUCCACUCUGGCCACUUCUUAUCCUUCCCUGUCGUCCUAUCUGGUGUGUACAUACGUGUAGAGACUGGAGACAAAGAGAGUGAGGAGAGAGAGAAAGACUUUGAGAGAGAGGGAAAUUUAUGAAGAGUUAAAUUCAUUCAUUCAGUUAAAUUCAAUUUAUAAAAUAAAUUCAUAUUGAAAACUGUAUACCAAUCACUUUCAUAAGUGCUGGGUAUGUAAAUGAAUGAAAUACAAUCUUUGCCAUCAAAGGGCUCAGAGGUCUAAGUGGGAAAGUUAGAUGGGUAGACAUGUAAAUGUGAUCAAGUGUAAGGGGCCCUGCUAGUCGGAGUGGGUGGGCAAGGAAGGGGGUGGUCCAUUCUAUAUGGACGGGUCAGGAAAAUCUUCAUAGUUAAAGUUACUUUUGAACUGAGUCUUGGAAGAUGUGAAUUUCUCCAGAACUUGGAAGACUGGGGUAUAUGUGUCUGUCUGCAUUAUACAUGCAGACCGUGCCUUAAAAAUUCCAAGCAGCAGUUAGACUGCUAGGAAUGAGAACUUCACCCCUUCAUGGGUGCUACGUUCAUCCAGUAUAAUUGAGCCAUACACAUGAGACUUGUAUGCAGGGUUGGCAAAGUGAAAGACAUUGUUAUUUAUAGAAAGCAAAUGCUAAACAAUAGAAACAAAUACUUACGGUGAAUUGAUCCCACAUCCCUACAGAUAACCCAUUUUGCAGGAGAGGAACCUGCUUAUGUCUUAAAGGGGAAUUGUUUAC